GGAACACAUAAAUACUUCAACGAAGUCGGAUCCUCGGGAGAUGUUUUCAAUACACGGCGGAGAUGUGCUGUGGGACGUUGUGAGGGGCAGUCUAGUGGGGCUGAUUUGAACUCCUGUCUGUUCCUCGACCAUGUCAGCCACCUCUACCAGCGGCAGUGCCGCCGUCGGCUCCACUCCUGAAGAUGUAUUCCGUCCAUCAACAACAAUCGAUCCCGGAGACAUGAGUGAGCCUUCUGGCUCCGGUGUCACUCAGUCGUUAGCUUUUUCGUCUGGAAACCCUAGAAUCGAAGAAACCAGGGGAAUUAUGAUUCUUUAUCGUGAUGAUAUUUCUGAAUCCACUUCUGAACUUCCUGUUGAGAGGAAACCACUAGUUUGCGUGCUAGCGGUGCCAAAUCACAUGACGUAUGCGGACUUCUGUCAGUUCUGCGGAUCGUUCAUUCAGCAUAUAUUGGAGAUGCGAAUUGUCAGGAAUGAUGGAAUGGAUGAUCGCUACAGUAUUCUGAUAAGGUUCGAUGAUCAGAGUUCCACCGACAAUUUCUACAAGCAUUUCAGUGGGAGGCGUUUUUCGUCUUUGGAGACGGAUGUUUGUCGUGUCCUUUUUACAGUGGAUGUACAGUACACUGGGUUGAUUGAACAUGCACAGAACUCCUCUGCAAGUUCAACAGAGCAGCCAUAUUGUCCAGUCUGCCUAGAGAGAUUAGAUCAAGACAUGAGUGGAAUUCUCACAACCAUCUGCAAUCAUUCUUUCCAUUGUUCUUGUAUUUCAAAAUGGACAGACUCUUCUUGUCCGGUCUGCCGAUAUUGCCAGCAACAGCCUGAGAAGUCAACAUGUUCCAUUUGUGGAACUUCUGAUAACCUCUGGAUUUGUGUUAUUUGUGGCUUUGUUGGGUGUGGAAGGUAUAAAGAAGGUCAUGCUAUUCGACAUUGGAAAGAUACACAACACUGCUAUUCCCUUGAAUUGGAAACCCAACGUGUUUGGGAUUAUGUUGGAGACAAUUACGUUCACCGUCUGAUUCAAUCGAAAACUGAUGGAAAAUUGGUGGAGUUAAAUAUUCCUUGUUGUCAUGCUGAUGACAGCUGUGGAGGUUGUGGAUACCGCGAAGAUUCUGAAAUCAGUGAGGCUCUCUACAACAGUAAAGUUGAAGCUAUUGUUAAUGAGUACAAUGAUCUCCUUAUGACACAGCUUGAGAACCAAAGAAUAUAUUUUGAGUCACUACUGCUUGAGGUGAAGGAGGAGACAGAAAAAGAAAUUUCUGAAGCUAUCAAAAAGGCAGAAAAUUUCAGAUUACAAAAGAUGCAAGCCAAAUUGGAUAAAUGUCUUAAAGAGAAGAAGUUUCUUGAUGAUAUCAGUGAGAAUCUUUUAAAAAACCAAGAGAUGUGGAAAGCAAAGAUUCUGGAAAUUGAAGAAAGGGAAAAAAAGGCUCUGUCAUUGAACGCCCAAAAAAUACAGGAGUUGGAGGAACAGCUCAGAGAUCUGAUGUUGCAAAUUGAGGCAGAGAAUACGGUGGAGCAAUUACCAAAUUCAAAGGAAAUCAAAGAUGGCUCAGUCUUGCCAUUUACCAAUAGCAUCAUUAUCAAGAAAUAGUGGCAAAAGUGCUACAAGGAUCAGUAACAGGAGAAGAUGCUAAUGAUGCCAAGGAUGAUCCAUCAUUAUAUGGAAUCUGUCAGGUGAUUGUGGUGUAAUAAUCUUCCCACAGCUUUUUCUUCUUUUUUCAGAGCUUGAUUUUCUAUAUAUAUAUAUAUACUGGAUGAGAGCCAUGAAGCCCAUUUUUUUUAUCAGCAUAGCAAUGAUGAUACAUGUCCACAUUGAUCUGUAUUGAACCAUGGCAUGAGAUAAGAUUAAUGAAAUGAUUCUCAUCCAAUUAGUGUGCUAUUGUCUUUUUGAUCAAAUUAGUGUGCUAUUGUCUGGCUAUUUCAUACGUAGGUUAUUUUUAUUCUGGUUUUAUGUAUUUGGGCGGCAAAGAUUAAAGUUCAUAGUAUUGAUA